AUAAUAACUAUUUUAUAGGACCUAUGACAAGGCAGAGUGAAGGAUAGUGUUCUCUCUGAAACUUGACGAUGAUGCGGAACCACAAUCUGGACAACUCGGUGUCAUCUCACCCGAUAACAUCCCAGUCUUGUGCCAAUCAGCUCAAAGUUCUCCUGACCCAGCAGCAGUACUCUACCAUCAGACAUGUAUUGAAAUCAAAUAAAGGUAAUGGCGAGUGGAUGAAAGAGUUUUUGGCACACGAUGGCUUCCAAAACCUUCUCAACAACAUCACAUCGGUGUGUUUGCCAGAGAACCGUCCGAACAACAGCGCGCUGUCAUCUCUUGUAGCUUGCGUAACUGUAGUCAUGGCAACCAAACAGGGUCUUGACACUGCUGCUACUUCUGCAACUGUCCUCAACUCCCUGAUUCUUGGUCUGAUAAGUGACGAUGAACUAGUAAAGAGGGAUAUUCUAACUUUGUUAGCUACACUUACCCUCCACUCUGCUACCGCUUACAAAUACGUCCUCGAAUCUUUCUCUUAUUUCAAGAAAACGGAACAUGUAUCUUAUCGGUUCAUAGUGCUGGUUGAAGAUCUUCGUAGAACGGAGAGUGUAGAAUAUCAGAAAUCUCUACUAAACUUCGUUAACUGUCUCAUCGACCGGUCCACUCUUCCUGAUAAAAGAAUAGAUCUCAGAAACGAAAUAAUCGCACUUGGCCUGUUAGAAGUACUGAGAAUGCUGAGAAACACUCAAGAUGGCUCAGUGGCGCAACAAAUUGUUCAUUUCUAUGAACAGAAGGCAAAAGAUGAGACGAAACUUGCUACAUCUAUAGAUGUCAACGAUCCCUCCGCUAUGUUCACCCUUCUAUGGAAAAAGAUAGCAAAGACGCCUCGCUCCAACGAUCUGCUGAAGAUAGUCCAGAAGCUGUUGUUCACAGUGGACACUUCAGAUUUGUGGAGUGCGGCUAUAGACGCGCUUUCUGGCCCUCGUACUACACAGGGUGUCUUCAAGGAGUCAAGGAGUAGUGACGAAAUCCACACUGAUGACAAAACCCGCUUCCCUGAACCUCCUGAGUCCCCGGAAUGUGACGCUCCUCCGCAGAGUUUAGACUGGAGAGAGAUCUCCUCUGAGACUGCACUAGAGCACAGCGUGUGGGCUCGAGUCAAUCUCUGUCAGAACAAGAUUAAUGUUCGCAAUAUAAGGAACUACUUUUUCCAAGGAAAUCCUAAUAAGGCUAAGUUACGAUACAUAUCUGAGGAGAAAGCAAUAUCCUUGAACCUACUCCUCGCAUCCAUAGACUCAAACAGUAACAGGAAGUGUGCAGUGGAACUCCUCACAAAUGCCCUGAUUGAAGGAGACACCACCGUUAUCUCAGAGACAGCUCUCCGCAGACUUGCCCUAAUAAUACCGCGUGACCCAGCUCUGAUGUCCGCCCUGUCCGAGUAUAAUGGUGAUCUGGCAGCUCUGGAUGUCUCGGAGCUUCUUCUCGUCUCCAUAUCUCGGAUACCUGAAUUUGAGACCCGGCUUAAAUGCAUGCUUGGCCACAUUGAUAUCCCCAAAACCUUGGAAGGUCUGGAGAAAUGUGAGAAUCAUUAUUCCAGUGUGAUAAAAUCCCUUCUUGACCUCAACUGUCCCUUCUUCGACUUACUAAAGCUGGUCCUGGAUAUAGGGAAUACUCUAAACGAUGGUUCGAUAGUUCACGGUUUCAAACUUGGCGCUCUGCAGCAGCUGAAGACGAUGAGGGCACCUAGACAACCUGCUCUAACCCUUCUCCACUUCUUGACUCAAUCUCUUGCUAAAACCCACCCGGAAACUCUAGACUUCCUAUCGGAACUGGUUGAGGAGCUGGAAGAGUGCAAAAAACAAACUAUCCUACAGUUUGACGAGGAGAUCCACAAAACAGAGCUACAGCUGAGGGAGAUCCGUGCACUGCUGGUGGAGGCUUCUAAAGACGUCAAGUUACAGUUUACUUCAGUUAUUGUGGAGUCUGGAAAACGGGUGACUUGUCUAAAGAACAAACGCAAAGCUCUGGACAACAGAAUCAAUGAUUUUGCCGAGUUUUAUUGCGAGCCAAUAGUUGACUUCUGUUUAUCCUCGUACUUCUCUAAUCUGUUAUCAUUCUGUUCCGACGUGGUGGAGUGUAAAGAGAUGUAUAACCUCUCUAGCCUUUGUAACUCUGAUAACAGGAACAACUACUCUCCGGAGAUAAAGCCAGACGACCCCCCUCAGACCUGCCAGCACCAUGGACCUAGCUGUAACGAGUCUUGUGGUUACAGCAGCGAGGGGUCCGUCCUCUCCCCUCCUAUCCCUCCCAGAGCCCACUGUGGAUCUAUAAUCUCUGCUUAUGAUUCCCAGGUCAACGAGUACAGUUACCAGACCAGACGGGAAACUAACGAGUCUGAUAACAGUGUAUUUGUUCGGGGCUCUUCCUUGGACUCAGACUCUGGUUAUCAGGAUAGCCGACACAACACCUACGAGUCCGAGCUAUCUACAAAAUCAGAACCAGUUGGUAUAUCUCUGGAAUCUAGGUUAGUGUCUCCACCUCCUCCACCUCCCAAACCUCAGCGUCCGGUUGGUAUCAUAUUCGACUCAAACAGGGAGAUGUUGAACUUCCAACAGGACUCACCCAAAGAAAAGACAGAUCCCAGCAACAACCAGGCAAACAGACGUAGUGGGGAUCUGAAGAAGAUGCACAGCAAUUACAGCUCAGUUGAUCUGACUGUCAACAGGUCCCGGUCUCAAGACUACUACGACCGGUACAAUUCAACAGAAUACCGGUCAGGCCAGUUCCAGACCAGGUCUGUUGACGGCUACAAGGACCGGUACCGGCACUCUCCUCCCACCAGAGAGCAGGACGACACACCGUACGAGUCUGAGGAGACCUCCAGUGAGGAUAGUGGAGACGACACCCUGUCAUCCCAGAGCGAGUCUCUGAAACCAGGAGAGGGGGUUAGUACCACCAGGAGUGAGAGUGAUGCUCUGAGAGUGCAGUCUGAAGACAGGAGGAAUGAGGCAGGGUUAAAGCAGAGAGGUCACGAGUCCAGGUCAGUGGGCCACGCUGCCUCCACCAGUAUGAUGCCACCUGUAAGCCACUUCAACUCCACAUUCGGAGGCAGCUGCAGGAGUUUCCAGCACCAACGAAGCCAGAGAGCCGAUGUGAGGGAUCUGUUUGCCAGCAAUGAUCGCUACGGCUCCACUAGCUCUAUCAACUCAUUCAAACAGAAAACACGGCUGCCAAAAAACAAUCCUCAUCAGACCAGUAUUCAGGCCCUGCUUCGUGGAGACCAGAACAGCAAUGCCAUUAGAAGAGAACCUCCCCCUGUUCCUAAACGAGAACCGUCUGUGUCAGGUGGAAUGGGAAAGAAGGAGACGUCCAGAUCCACUCCAGCCCUGAACUACAACCCCAAUAUCAGAUCUCCCCGGUCCUACUCUGUGUCCCCACCCUCCAUGUCCCCUCCCUUCAUCUCACCGGCUGUCUCACCUCCCCCCUCUGGUACCCUGUCUCCACCCCUUCCCGGCACUCUCUCUCCACCUCUACCAGGCACACUGUCACCUCCCACUCGCUUCCCACGAGAACGACCUUUCUCUGGGACCUCAAUGGAGCUUACUAUAGACGAGAACGCUGAGGUGCAUCAUGAGAGACAGUCUUCAGAGCCUACAGAUAUGCGGUACAGUUUAGAGAAUGCCAGGCUAGGAGGAGGUGGUCAGAGGGCUCUCUCACGCAGCUCAAACGAGAUAAACACAUCUGGUGUGGAGACUGAGGUGUGAUUCGAGGAGGAGACUUUGGAACUGAGCUGUUUGGCAUAUCAUGAUAUCAGUCGGGAUAAUCGGUUUAAUUUAGUGUGAUAGUAAAUAAUCUAUUUUCACUACGAAAACCAUAUUGUAAUUUGUUUUUUGACUUUUCCAUAAAUAUUUAGAAUCUUAAUACGCGACCGAAUUUUUAUUUAAAAAGGAUAGAAUUAACAUCUGUGUCGUGAAACUAUAACACGGCGACAAACGGUAAAACUAUGUUUUGACGUCAAUAAAGUAGAACGAUAUUUAAUUAGCAUUCUGAGUAAGGAUAUAUGUAUGAAAUGAUUCUUUCUUUUGAUUCUAUUGAAUUACACCAUUAUUCAUGCUGUAUUUGAACGUUAGUCAUUGAUUGACGAAAUAAGAGUAGCUAAUUUUAUAUGGUCUCUUGUGAGCUUCGAUUAUAAACAUAAUUGGAUAAAAUUCGGAAUAUUAAAGAGUAUGUAUUCUUCGAGGACGCAACUACGUCAUACGUACUUACAGUUAUAUUUUUAUCAGAUUUUAUUGAUAUAAUUUAAUAACGAAUAUUUAAAGCUUCUUGCAAUGAUUGUGCUGGGUUGGCUGCAAUUUUUGAAUACAAACUAUCAAUCAAGUUUUCUAAACAUGCUUUUCCAAUAAUACCGAUCUGAGACAAUUUUGUUUGAGGUUGAAACUCUAAUUUUAAAAUGUUUAAUACUUAACUUAAUUUUAUUGGAGAAACUCGAAAGUCAAAGUUGAUCAUGGAUCUUAAAGAUUAGCUGUUAAGCUUUUAAUACAGCCAACAUGUUGAUAUGUCAUCAAUUGACCGAAAAGGGCUUCCAUAAAUUCGGGUUAUCAUUAAGAUUUGAUUGUUUGUUUUAUUUUUAUCAACAAUACAAUGAUGUGUUUAGCAAAUCAAUGUAGCCUCUGCGUUUAUUACUAUGUAAAAUCUUUGUUGUCACAAUGGAAUAUCUGGUUUUAUUGUGGAAUAUUAUCAAUUAUAUCUAACA